ACCGUGGCAAGCGCUCGCGUCGCGACUUCUCACAUUUCCACGAUUUUCACCGAAGAAAAUCUGGAAAAUAGGCCUAAUUUUAAUGUAGAGUCAUUUAGAAAAUUUUAAGAUUAAGUGUUAAAAAAACUUGAUUUUUGAAGUGACUGAUAGUGACUAUGUAAAGUUAAGCUCAGUGUACACGUGCGAGGUCGAGUAUGCAGGCGAUGAGCGCGAAUUCGAGCGCGCCGCGGGCGCCCCAGCGUUCGCCGUUCGCGAUCCAAGAGUUGCUGGGCUUGAGCGACACGCGGGAGAGCCGGGAGAGGUACUUCGAGAGCCGCGACAACGACCGAGUGCUGAACCUGUCCGAGAGCCGGGAGCGGGCGUCGUACGCGCCGCAGUUCCCGCUGCCGGCGUCGGUGGCGUCGCGCGUGGCGUACGCGGCGGCGUUCAACGCACAGGCCGCGGUGGCGGCGGCGUUCCUGCCCGCGCCGCCGCUUCUCCACCCUCCACCUGGCUUCCCGCAGAUCAAGUCGCCCUACAGCCCUUCGCAGCCGCAUCUCUCAGCGGUUCGACAAUUUUAUUCAGAAUUGUUGUUGUCAACAGGAGUGUCGUCUCUGGAGGCGGCGAAAGAUUUCACUGUCGACGGACUCACAGGCUACAAUGGGAAGAAGAAGAAGAAAAAACGCCGGCACAGUCGAACAAUCUUCACAUCGUACCAGCUGGAUGAGCUCGAGAAGGCCUUCAAAGACGCACAUUACCCCGAUGUGUACGCGCGAGAGAUGCUCUCGCUCAAGACAGAUCUUCCCGAAGACCGCAUACAGGUGUGGUUCCAGAACCGACGAGCGAAAUGGCGCAAGACGGAAAAGUGCUGGGGGCGCUCGACCAUCAUGGCCGAGUACGGGCUAUACGGGGCCAUGGUGCGGCACUCGCUGCCUCUGCCCGAGACCAUACUCAAGUCUGCCAAGGAGAAUGACACUGUUGCGCCGUGGCUACUCGGUGAGUUUGGCAUGCACCGAAAGUCGCUGGAGGCGGCCCAUCACCUGAAGGAGUCAGGGUCAGAGCGUGAAGGCUCGGAGGCUGAAGGUGAUCGCCCGCACUCCGCCUCGCCACAUGAACAUCACGACAACCAUGAUGCGCAGGCGCAGAGCUCCCCUGCCAGCAGCACCACCGCCUCCUCCUCUGCCAAAGGCCGCGCGUCACCAGAGGGCACCUCCUACGAGGACCCUGAGGCCUUCAGGAACAAUAGUAUCGCCUGUCUGCGAGCCAAGGCGCAAGAGCACCAGGCCAGGAUCCUCUCCAACAAUAUCCUGCUUCAGGUCCGAGGUCUAGCGCGGACGCCCAGCACGCCGCAGGACGACGACGGCCCCGUCGACAUCGACGUCGGCACCGAGCCGCCCCCGCUCGACCCGCACGCCCCUCCCUCCCUCUACUGACCUCUACAUUCCAACCCCGGGAUUGGUCGAACGCGCGCGCUCAUCGGUUAAGAACACUCGUGAUUAGUGGAAUUUAAAAACAUCGUUACAUUCCUACUCUGUGAUUGGUCGACGUGCGCUGAUUGGUUGACUACCAAACAUUGUGAUUGGUGAAUUUGAAAGACCGUUACGUUCAAACGCGUUAAGUGUAAUUAUGUAAAUUAUUAAGCGUAUUUAACUAAAUCCCUAUUUUUCGUGCAAUACAUUUAGUUAGGUAUUUAUGUGUGUAGCUUGUGUUAUUAUAGGCGUUGUAAAAAGUCCCAGCACUUAGAUACUUAUUGUAUAACGAUAUUUAGUUGUAAGUAAGUAAUCUUGACCGUUAUAGAUCAGUUUAACUCGAGGCAAGACUUAAACGGUACCUACUAAAUUCAUAAAAGUGUUAGAGAUUAAGUAUUUUCAAUGUUGAAAGGUUGUCAUUAAUUUUAUCGAAAUUUAAAUUUGGAUACAAUUUCAUUCUUGUACAAGUAAUUUAAGAGUCACUGCAAUCACUGCAUGCGAGUUGAAUUUUUACCGUCCGAACUAAGAAUACGAGUAUUAACUUAGAAAAAAACUUGUACACAAGAAGCUCACCCCUGAUGGUAAAAAUCACGUGGUGCAUGCAGUGACUAGCCCAAUUCCAUCUGGCACUCUAUAAUUUCUAUACAACUCAAUGUAUAUUAUUGUUUAUUAGGCAUGGAAUGUCUUCAUUUUGGCUCUAAACUGGCAAUGAAAAGUACCUCAAAAGUUGACCGAAAUCGAAAUUAUUAGCAACGAAUGUAAAAAUUGUAUUGCCGUAUCUUGCCUUAGCUUAUUGGAUAGAACUACAUAUUAUGCCUAAUUAUGUUUAAAGUGACUAUGUUUCUACAAUCGAAUGCUACAUCGAAUCGUAAUGAUAAUUUUUUGCUAGAAUUGGUUUAUUUGACCUACAAUUUGCGAACGCAACUUAUUAUUCCUAAGGGUUUCUCCAAACCUAUCGACGGGGAAUCGGGCUCUAGCCGAUCAAGAAUCGUUCGUUAGUAAUGUUAGUAGACGCUUACGCAUCGUCGUCGCUGAACGUGUCAUAUAACGAGCGAUUUUUCGUCUGCGAAAUGCGAUACCGAGUCCCUAGUCAAGACUCCAACCUCACUUAAUUCAGAAACUGACGACAAGGCAGAUAGAGAACGAUUGAUAUUUCGUUAUCUGCAUCUAUCGCAGUUGUUCAUUUAAAUAAUUAUUAU